CUAUAAAAAGCAGCAGCGUCUCCGUCCUCCUCAUCCUGUCCCUCAUCAUGUCUCAGUGUCUACCCAUCCUGCUGCUGCUGGCCCUGGUCUGCCUGGUCCGGUCUGGCUCGGCUCAGCCCGUGGACGGGCAGGCCGAGCUGAAGGCGGCUCAGCCCGUGGACGGGCAGGCCGAGCUGAAGGCGGCUCAGGCCGUCCUGGAAGAGCUGCAGGCCGAGAGACGAGCUCUGACUCAACGUCUGAACGCAGCCGAGACCGAAAUGAAGAGGAUCAAAGAAACACCUAAAGUUGCCUUCGCUGCCUCCCUGGGAGGAAACGGCAUGGUGAAGACGACGCAGGGCAACAAAGACCUCGUCUACAGGGACGUGCUGACCAACGUGGGCGGGGCUUACAACGCCGUGACAGGUGUGUUCACGGCUCCUGUUCGUGGAGUCUACUACAUCCGCUUCACCGCCAACGCCCCCACCGACUUCACCAUGAGCGCCGUCCUUUACAAAAACAACGCGCAGAUCCAGCUGAUCGCCCACGAGCAGCCGUCCGGCGAGGGCAGCGACACGGCGUCCAACGGCGCCGCCCUGCUGCUGGAGCAGGGCGACACGCUGAAGAUGUCGCUGUGGCACAACACUCAGAUCUGGGACAACAGCAACCACCACAGCACCUUCAGCGGCUUCCUGCUGUUCCCCAUGGUGGACGAGGCGCCGAAGGAGGACGACUUCGACUCUCAGCUGAAGACUCUUCAGGCGUCACUGACGCAGCUGCAGACAGAGAACCUGGAAGUCAAAGAGAGACUGGAGGCCACAGAGAAGGAGCUGAAGGAGAUCAGAGACGUACCGAAGGUGGCGUUUGCGGUUUCUCUUGGAGGCAACGGUCUACAGAAGACGACGACAGGAAGCAAAACACUGGUCUACAAAGACGUCCUGACCAACAUCGGACAGGCGUACAACUCUGACACCGGUGUGUUCACGGCUCCUGUUCGUGGAGUCUACUACAUCCGCUUCACCGCCAACGCCCCCACCGACUUCACCAUGAGCGCCGUCCUUUACAAAAACAACGUGCAGAUCCAGCUGAUCGCCCACGAGCAGCCGUCCGGCGAGGGCAGCGACACGGCGUCCAACGGCGCCGCCCUGCUGCUGGAGCAGGGCGACACGCUGAAGAUGUCACUGUGGCACAACACUCAGAUCUGGGACAACAGCAACCACCACAGCACCUUCAGCGGCUUCCUGCUGUUCCCCAUGUGAGGACCUGUCUGUGGCACCUUUAAUAAAGUCUGUGAUCAAAG